UUACAGGUGCAACUCAUGCAAAGAGAAGGCUGGGAACAUUUGAAUGUUAAGCUAUACAAAAGCAACUUGAGCAAGCUGUUCCACGAUUCGAAUGAAGACACGUGUCGUCCAACCACAAAACAUCGUUCUUUAAAGCCACUUGUUGUCUAUCACGUGCCCAUAAAUCCGGCCAACAUGAACCACGUUGAUGCACAUACAUCCGUCACAUCAGAUGAGAAUUAACCGUAACGGCGUUGUUUGCUGAGCUGGACUAUCUUUAGCCUGUUUAAACACCAUUGUCUUUAGAAGAUAUCAUGAGACCAUCUUUAACAGAUAUUGACCACCUGUUAUGUCCGAAGUCGAGUUCGUGUUCGAGAUUCGCGGAGUCAGAUUACGAGACAGAAGAAACUAAAAACCAAAACGUGUCCUCGUCAAAGCCAGCAGGAUCUAAGGGUACACGUGUCCACUGUUUUCAUGCACGUGUUACACGUGUCGGCCUCGUUACUUGCCGUUGAAACUUUUGACGUUGAUUUUCACAUAACAACCAAUGGGAAUAUAGAGACCAACAAAGUAAAAUGGAAAGCGUUUUAUCGAUAAUCCGAGAUUUUAGAGAUGUGGAGGUGGAGCUCGAGCUAUGUCUUUCUCUCGGAGGUCCUUUCAAGAAAACAGAGAAAUCUAAACCAAUAGAUCAAUUUAAUAACGCCGUCGGAUGCAUGAAGGAUACCGGCUUUAAUCUUGAAGGCGGAACGACGAAUGUGACGAGUAGAAAGGAAACGCGGAAGAAGCAGCAGAGAAUCGGGGAUGAACGAGAGUGCAAGAAGAGCAGAAGAGAAUGUAACGGAGGCAUGGAUUUGGAUUUAAGCUUUAGGAAAAUGGGUAACGGUUACGGGUCGGGUCAACUUAAGGAAAUAUGUAAAGACGUUACGUUUGGGUCGUCACCCAUUUGCACUUCCUCCGACGUAUCCGAUCCUAGCAGCUCUUCUCCUCAACAAGGUGGAAGUGGCGACUAUGGGACACAAUCAGGCCAAACCAAACAGGUUAGACCUCCGGUUAGAAACAUUCUUACCAGGACAGAGGAAGCUGUGCAUAGCACAGACGGUUCAAAGGAUGCGGUGGUAGUGGAGAAGUCCCAAGAAUUGUCCAACUCUGUAAGCAAAAACACUGGGAAGCCGCCAAAACCGUAUACCAACAGUAACGGUAACGGCAGCUCGCUUCCGUUUGCUCAGAUGCCUUGUGUGACUAGCACGGGUAACGGACCGGAGGGCAAAACCGUGAAUGGAUUUCUAUACCGUUACUCAAAAUCAGAGAUCAGUAUAAUCUGUGUCUGCCAUGGAACGUCUUUCUCUCCGGCUGAGUUCAUUGUUCACGCCGGUGGGACUAAUGUGUCACAUCCGUUGAGACAUAUAACCGUUGUUCCAUCAACUUUUUGAACUACAAUUUUCAUCUUUUGUUACCUUGUCUUGUGUUAAUGUGUAGAUACAUACGUUAUUCUCAUGGAAGGUUUAGCUGAUCGAAGAUCAUUAGUGGCUUUUUUGGUUUUUGUCUUUUUUUUUAACGACAUUUUUUAAACUAAUUUAACACUUCGUUUGGUGCA